GCAUAUCGCUUUUCAAACCAGUCUUCAUCUCUCUCUCUAAAUCUGAAGAAACUCUCACAUUUCCUUCCUCUCUUUCCGUGCCUAGUUCCUCACGAAUAUUUAUGCAUGUAUACGUAACAAUCAACAGAUCCAACGUCCAUGAAUUGUGUCCAAAUUAGUUAACUUAUCGACACUAAUUCACCUGUGGAAUGGAAGAGAUUGGAUUUGAAAUCGUCAUUCAGUUUGAAAAUAUUUGUAAGUUAUUGUAUUUGAGAGGAUAUUUGAAAGAAAUCAGUUUAUCCAUCUUCUAAUUCUCUAACUGUUGAUGGAGAAGUCUCUUCUUCAAAGGAAGAAUCGACCUGAGACGGAAUUUCCACCAAAGAAGCUUGCCAGGCAGCUGGAUUUUACUACUUCCGUAUUCACUCCGGCAACCUCGCCACGAUCGCGGCAGAAGCAGAAGCAGAUGCAAUCGCAGACGCCAUAUCCUUUCAAUCGACCUAUAAAACUAGAAUCCCCUAGAAGACUAAGGAGACCUAAUGCAGAAUCAAGAUAUGUUACUCCAAAGAAGCAAAAACAAUGCAACUGCAAACAUUCAAAAUGUUUAAAGCUGUAUUGUGAGUGUUUUGCAUCUGGGGUAUAUUGUGAUGGAUGUAACUGUGUAAAUUGCCAUAAUGAUGAUGAACAUGAACAUGAACAUGCUAGACGAGAAGCUGUUGAAUCGACUUUGGAGCGAAAUCCAAAUGCAUUCAGACCUAAAAUUGCUAGUAGUCCUCGUGGAGAUAACGAUAGGAAUGAGGAUGCUAGAGAAGUUGUAAUUUUAGGGAAGCACAACAAAGGAUGUCAUUGCAAGAAAUCUGGGUGUCUAAAGAAGUAUUGUGAGUGCUUCCAAGCUAAUAUUCUUUGUUCUGAGAAUUGUAAAUGCUUGGAUUGCAAAAAUUUUGAAGGAAAUGAAGAAAGACAAGCUAUUUUUCAUGGUGAAAAUGCAAACAAUCCGAUAUACCUCCAGCAGGCAGCAAAUGAUGUUAUUACAGGUGCCAUUAGUUAUUCUCCCUUACCCAAGAGAAGAAAGGGCCAGGAACCGUUAUUUGGCACCAACGAAACAUCCAUUCAUACACUUCAAGAGUUUAAACAGCUUGAUUCAUAUUUCAACAGUAUUAGGGCAUUGAAACAGAAGGAAAAGGAAAUGAGAUCCUCUGUUGCUUUUCCAUGUAAUGGGAAUGCUGCACCAUUGACCCCUUCAAAAUUGACUUACAGGUCGUUAUUAUCAGGCAUAGUGCAACCGGAGGACUUGAAGGAGCUUUGCUCUGUUUUGGUGGUGCACUCGAAAGAAACUGCAAGUACAGUAUCAGAUCAAAGGAAUGAUAAAACAGAUAAUUCCCCUAUUAUGCCUAAACAAGAAGACAGUUUUCAUCAAAGUGGGAAGGGAUCAACAGAAUGUCCUAUGUCUCCUGAAACUCUAGCACUGAUGUGUGAUGAAAAUGAUAAAAAUCUCGUGCCUGCUUCUUCAACGAUACCUUAUUUGGAAGGGCUAUCGGAGGUCUAUGCAGAGCAAGAAAGGAUGGUCUUGACGAAGUUUCGUUGUUGUCUUAGCAGGAUUGUUACUUUAGGAGAAAUUAGAGAAACCAAAUGUUCUUCGCGGAGCAGAACUGAAUCAGGAAGUUUACAAAACCUGAUCAGAAAUGGCACAAGCAUUGAACCAAGGAUUAAACAAUAGUCUUUUAUCAAUGGUAGAGAUUGAUAUCACACUUUUGCAACACCAUGCCUAUCUUUAAGGUUAAAAUUUUCCUUUCAUUUUACUUAAAUAAACCAACACGAAUAUGUUAGUGUUCUUCAUUGUCGAAAAUGUGUUGUUAGGUCAAAUUGACUACGAAUUGUGUUACUUUUAUCAGUUUAGAGUGUAUAGAUGUUAUGAACUACGGAAAAAUAAGAACAUUUUGUGUUAUCAUAUAAACUAUGGGGAAUUGUUUUUAGAAAUAAAGCUCGAUUUUGUCAAU